AGUGGAGUACCCCUUUAAGUCUGAAAGCUACAACCUCAGCUCUUAAUUCUCAUCAGGUGGAGAAGGUGUCCAGCUGGGUGUGCUCCAUGGGAAAGAUAUGACUACGUAGUGGGGGAGGGUAUAAAUCUGGGCUCCCUCCACCCUCUCGUCAUGUGACUUGUCCUGUAGUCAGGAUGGAGCUGUGGAUCAGGUGGAGUUGUCUCUUAGUGGUUCUGCUCUAUGGAUCAGGCUUUAGCAGUGCCUUGGGUAGACACCGGCGCCAGUCCAACACUUGGAGAAGUAACCAGCCUGAAUGGGGAUCUCCUAGAAGACUUGGACAAUCUGCCUCUGGAUUAGGUUCUUCUAGAUCAAACCCUUGGUUUCCAGCUCGGGCAGUCUCUGGUUUUGGGGCUCUUAGAGGGGCUCAGUCUGUGUAUGGAUGGGGCUCUAGAUAUCCUGGAAGAGACUUUUAUCCCAGACAGCUCACCCAAUCCUCCUUCUCCCCUAUCAGUGUGCAGUGUAAUGAGGACAGCAUGGUGGUGACUGUGAAGAGAGACUUCUAUGGGAAUGGGAAGCUGGUGAAGCCCUCAGACCUGACCCUAGGAACCCAACCCUGCACUGCUGGGCCCCAGAGUUCAGAUACUGCUGUCAUCUUUGAAAAUGGCCUUCAAGACUGUGGCAGCAACUUGGAGAUGACUCCGGACUGGCUUAUCUACACCGUCAGCCUGCGCUAUACACCUACUUCUACCAACGUACCCAUCACAAGGUCCAACCCAGCUUUGGUUCCCAUCCAGUGUUACUACCCACGACACGGUAAUGUGAGCAGUAACGCCAUCAAGCCAACAUGGAUUCCAUUCAGCACCACGGUGACCUCAGAAGAGCGGCUGGCCUUCUCCUUGCGUCUCAUGACUGAGGACUGGAGCGCUCCCAGGUCUUCACUGGUCUUCCAACUCGGAGAAGUCUUCUACAUAGAAGCCUCUUUGGACAUCCAGAACCAUGCCCCAAUGAUCCUGUUCGUGGACAGUUGUGUGGCUACCACUACCACAGAUGUGGCUUCUACUCCUCGCUAUGAGAUCAUUGCUUAUAAUGGGUGCUUGAUGGAUGGUAUGCGUGAAGAUUCCUCCUCUGAAUUUCUACAAAGAUCCCAAGCCAACAAGCUCAGGUUUACAGUUGAUGCCUUCAAGUUUAUUGGCAGUGACCUUUCUAUGAUCUAUAUCGCCUGUUCCCUGAGAGCUGCUGCCAUCAACCAGACCCCUGACCCAGUGAACAAGGCCUGCUCCUACAACAAGGCAUCCAGCAGUUGGUCUCCUGUAGAAGGACCAAGUGGUAUCUGCCAGUGCUGCUCCACUGGGAACUGCGCUAUUGCUGGGGGCCAGAGAUCAGCAUGGGGCUCCUCCCUUGGGAUGCCAAGAAGAAUGGGGAAGAGAGAUGUUGGGUCUCUUAUGGAGGAACAUGUCCUGGCCACACUGGGUCCUCUUCUAGUGACCGGAGCUGAGCCUAACCAGAUGUCCAGAGCAGGAACCGCCCAAGCUUCCAGGAUGAGUGCUGGACAUGGACCUCUACAGCUGUGGGUGCUGGUGGCCGUGGGAUCUGUCACUUCAGUGGUUGUUGCCGUGGCUCUUACUGUGGUUGGGAGAAUCUUUCUGAAAAGAUUUUCUGCUAAAGAAUCUGUGUAG